GUGCUUGAUCGAUACGCGUCUUAUUCAUGGAAGAGAAGAAGAAGGAUCUGCUUGGUCUAUCAGGAAAUCGGAGCUGCUUGUUGAAACAAUCUUACCAACGACGCUGGCAAACAAGAGUUUUCGUGACAUCGAGUCUCAUGAUUGUCGCUUUAUCUGAGAGCCUAGUGUAAAUUUUCAAGUGAUAGGCCCCAAUUAGCCGGUAAUUAAUCGUAAAAGAGACCGUAAACUUAGCUUCCGUUUUAUAUCGCUGCUGACGCUGUUCCUGGUUUCAUGAGUGCGCGGAAUUUGGAAUCACGUCUUAAAAUCGUACCUUAUUCUUCCGUUUAGUGAUAUAUAAGUGUAUCGUUCGAAUCGUUUAAUUGUUCGAGAAGUGAGUUAAUGCGGUGCUCACAGGAAGAUGGAUUCGAGCAACGUGAAAUCGAACCCGAAUCCACGAGAAAAGGCCAACCUGAUCUCCGUGCUACUAUGGUGGUGGACGAUAGGAUUGUUUAAGAAAGGCUACAAGAAAGUUUUGCAGACGGACGAUUUGUAUGAUCCAUUGAAGACCGAUCGAUCGCACGUGGUCGGGGACCGAUUAGAGAAACAAUGGAAGAUAGAACUGGAGAACUCGAAGAAAAGCAAACGAAGACCCAGUUUGCUGAGGGCCAUAUUCCGUGCCUUUUUGUGGGAGUACAGUCUGCUUGGCCUGAUGCAGAUACUAAACGAAUUUAUAUUACGAUUGGGAACACCGAUACUUCUCGGAGGGUUGCUGCGCUACUUCAAGAAGAACACGACUGAAACGUACGAGACUGCACUUUUGUAUGCAGGGGGAAUUUGCAUCGCUACGGCGAUAAACGUGAUUACGAUUAAUCAGACGAUCUUCGGCGCGUUCCACGUUGGCGCGAAAGUUAGGGUUGCAGCGUGCUCCGUUGUUUAUCGUAAGGCACUACGUCUCAGCAAAACCGCGUUGGGCGAGACAGCACCAGGAAAGGUAGUCAAUUUAGUGGCGAACGAUGUGAACAGAUUCGAUCUCGUCUCGAUUUUUAUACACCAUAUGUGGUCCGCGCCGCUCUCCGGAUUGAUCAUAGCGUAUCUACUCUACACCGAGGCUGGCUACGCCGGUUUAAUUGGCAUUGCCGCAGUGUUCAUUGUCGUGCCAAUUCAAUCCUACACGGGAAAGCUGUCCUCCAAGUUCCGACUGCAAACCGCCAUAAAAACCGACGAGAGAGUGCGACUAAUGGACGAGAUAAUAUCGGGCGUUCAAGUAAUUAAGAUGUACGCGUGGGAGAAACCGUUCUGCGCGCUCAUUGAAACCGCACGGAAACUGGAACUGCAAGUAGUAUCAAAGAGCGGGAACAUCCGAGGCAUCUAUAUGACAUUCAAUUUGUUCACCACGAGAAUGGCGCUCUAUUGCACUCUGAUCAGCAUGCUUCUGUUCGGCAACGAGUUGACAGCCGACAAGGUGUUCGUCUUCUCCUCUUACUUCAAUAUACUAGCGCACACCAUGUCCGGGAUGUUUGUACGUGGUUUCGCGGAGAUAGCGGAGUGCAGGGUCGCCGUGAGAAGGUUGCAACACUUCUUGAUGUACGAGGAGUUCCAGGAGAAAGGGUUCAGCCUGAACAAGUUCGCCGCUAGUCUGAACGGUAGCAUAAACAUGGACUCGAAACAGGCGUCCAACAAAACGUCUAGAAACGAUCUGCCGUACAUCGAUGACGAGAUUGAAGGCUACGAGAAUCUCGACAGGUCGGAGGAGAAAAGGAAACACAACGGUUUGGUGGUGGUCGCCAGCGAUUUGCUGAAGAACACUGCGAAUCUCAUGGAAGGCCAGCCGGAAACGAAACGUUUGUCCGUGGUGAACGAGGAGGCAUACGCGAUCAAGAUGCACAAUGUGACAGCUAAAUGGGAACCUGGUCAAUCGGAGAACACUCUGGACGACCUGAAUCUGGAGCUUGAGAAAGGGAAGAUAUACGCGGUAAUUGGGAUGGUCGGGGCAGGGAAGAGUUCCUUCCUUUCUGCCAUUCUCGGCGAGAUAGAGGUGACAGAAGGUCACGUAAAAAUUAAUGGAAGUUUGAGCUACGCCGGUCAGGAAGCUUGGGUCUUUGGGUCUACCGUUAGACAAAACAUACUCUUCGGCCAGUCCUACGAUCGCCAUCGCUACCAAAGAGUUGUGAAAGCGUGCUCACUUUUGAGAGACUUCAAGCAAUUUCCUCAGGGCGAUCAGACGGUGGUCGGAGAAAGAGGCAGCUCUUUGUCGGGGGGUCAAAAGGCUAGGAUCAACUUGGCCAGGUCGUUGUACAGACAAGCAGAUAUAUAUUUGUUGGAUGAUCCAUUGAGCGCUGUCGACACACACGUGAGCAAACACUUGUUCGAGGAAUGCAUUCAACGAUACCUAAAGGGAAAAACGAGAAUUUUGGCGACCCAUCAGCUGCAAUACGUGAAAAGUGUCGAUAACAUCAUACUGAUCGAACAAGGGAAAAUCACAGUGUUCAAGAGUUAUCAAGAUCUAUUGGACAAGCGACCCGAGUACUGUAAACUGCUCGCGACCGAGGGCGAUACCAAUGAUGAUUCUUCUUUGGAGAGGAGUGGCAUGCGAAGACAAUUCUCGUCGUCGAGUACCAGAAGCCGAACACCGGAAGCUAGUAGCGGCGGUACCGACGACGAAGAGGAGAACGAGGAUGCAGAAAAAUUGAACGACGGUUUGGAAGGGACAUCGAAGGGACAGGUGAAGGGACCGAUUUUCAUAAAGUACUUCCAAACAGGAGCCAACAUGUGCCUGGCAACGACUGUACUUCUGCUGUAUAUAUGUACACAGUUCGUCGCCAGUCUUAACGAUUACUUUAUUCCGAUUUUAGUCAAUGCAGAGGAAUCGCGACACUAUUUAAUUCAGCAAGCUAACCUGAACGCUACCAACGACACAAUGAUCGAUCCAACGGACGUGUCGUCCACAUACCCUUACAUAUACGUUUACACGGCUAUAGUACUUGGAAUAUUCAUCAUCGGGAUCACCAGAUCUAUAACCUUCUACAAAGUAUGCAUCGUGUGCAGUCAAAAGCUGCACGAUAUGGCGUUCAGCGCGUUGAUCAGAACCGGUAUGCGUUUCUUCGACACAAAUCCCAGUGGCAGGAUCCUCAACAGAUUCUCCAAAGACAUGGGAGCGAUAGAUGAAUUACUGCCGAAAUCGAUACUUGACGCUGGUCAAAUAUGCAUGAUGAUGGUCGGGUCUCUAGUCGUGUCCUGCAUGGUCAAUGCCCUUUUCCUGAUUCCGAUAGUAUUCUUGGGGUUCGUUUUUUACUGGAUACGGAAGGUAUUUCUCAAAACUAGCAAGAACAUCAAAAGAAUGGAGGGAAUCACUCGAUCACCGGUAUUCACUCAUCUAAAUGCCACGCUGAAUGGACUGACUACUAUUAGAGCGUACUGCGCGCAGGAGAUAUUGAAGAAAGAAUUCGACAAGCUACAAGACGUGCAUACAUCCACUGUUUAUAUGUACAUAGUAGCAAGCACUGCCUUUGGAUUUUCUCUGGAUAUAUUUUGCCUUGUAUUCACUUCGUUGGUUACUUUCAGCUUUCUUCUUUUACAACAAUCGUUCUCCGGAGGUGAAGUGGGCUUAGCCAUCACCCAGGUAAUGGCGAUGACCGGAAUGAUUCAAUGGGGUAUGCGACAAAACGCCGAAGUGGCUAAUCAGAUGAUGUCCGUGGAACGCGUGCUGGAGUACACGCUGGUACCGCCGGAACCGAACCUCCGCGACAGAGGAAAAUUUGCGAGAAAGACCGAGAAAGCCGUCGCGAUUCCGGCCGAUGCUCCAAAGAACUGGCCCACAGAAGGAUCGAUCAAGUUCAAGCAGAUAUAUUUGCGAUACGCGGAAGACGAGCCUCCGGUGUUGAAGGGGCUGAACAUUGCCAUUUCCGCGGGGGAGAAAGUGGGAAUUGUCGGCCGAACCGGUGCUGGAAAGUCUUCGCUGAUAGCUGCACUGUUCAGACUAGCUAAAAUCGACGGAGUCAUUGAAAUCGAUGGCAUAGACACCGGUGCUAUUUGUUUAGAGGAUCUACGGCGCAACAUAUCGAUCAUCCCCCAGGAUCCUGUUUUAUUCUCCGGCACAUUGAGACGAAAUCUAGAUCCAUUCAACGAGUUCUCGGAUAAAGCAUUGUGGGAUGUGCUCGAAGAGGUGGAAUUGAAAGAUGCUGUUGUCACCGCUGGCACCGGUUUAGGCAGUCGAGUGUUCGACAGAGGAAGUAAUUACAGUGUCGGGCAGAGGCAAUUGGUUUGUUUGGCAAGGGCGAUCUUAAGGAACAACCCAAUACUCAUGCUCGACGAAGCAACCGCAAACGUUGACCCGCACACGGAUGCUUUAAUUCAACACACGAUAAGGAAAAAAUUCGCCAAAUGCACUGUACUUACUAUCGCCCAUCGGUUGAACACCAUUAUGGACAGCGAUAAAGUGUUAGUAAUGGAUAAGGGUCACAUGGCGGAGUACGAUCACCCACACAUACUACUUCAGAACAGCCACAGCCAGUUCACUUCUUUGGUAAAAGAGACUGAUCGUGCGAUGUUCGAUCAAUUAGUUAAGAUUGCGAAACAGUGUUACGUCACUAAGCACGGGAAGUGAUGAUUAAUUGGAUAUCGGUAGUCGAUUACACAUUUUCUCUUUUUUGCUUUUCCGAUUCGACUUCUGAUAAUCAAUACAAGCAACGAUUGUACGAUUAUAUAUCAAUUGUAACCAAGUAUUAUUGUAAGUUCCGAAAUCGCGUCCGAAAAGUCGUUUAUAUUUUUCUCGUUGAACGAACAAACAGAUAUACAUAUAUAUUUAUAUAUAAAAUAUAUAUAUAUGUAUAUAUAUACAUAUUGUCCACAGUACUUCCUGUAAAUGAUAAUGGCGCCGUUGAGCGGCGCCUCGCAUCUCUUCCAAAUAGAUACUUAUAAUUUUCUAUAGUAUACAUUUUAUGUGAUUUACAACUCUUGAUAAUCUUCGAAUUAUGAAUUUUUACGAUCGAUAAACGAUUCAACAGAGUAUAUUUUCUUUAUACCGUAUAGUUAAUAUACAAAAAUCGCGCGCAAUGUGAUUUAUUAGUACUUCACGCAUAAUCUGUACAUAUUAUGCGACGUUAACAAUUAACAAUACUAGCAAGCAUGCCGGAUGUUGGACGGCAAUCGUUACGCGAAACAGUUGUUUAAAUAAAUAGCUGUAGAAAAGUGAAGGGCGCGCGAUAUUUUUGCGAUUCAAGGCCGAAGAAGUCCUGUCUCGCGUGCAAAUUAAUGUUUGCUCUCGUAUUCGCCGUUGCAUAAAAAACAAGUCCUAGGCAAAUUACCAGCCAGAUGGGCGUAAUAGAUAAUAAAAUCGAACAGAAUGAGCAAUUAAUUUUGGCAUUGAAAGAAAAGAAGAUCUCGCACCAAAAGCUUUCGUUUUUCCUUAAGAAAUGCUGGUAGCAGGCCAAGUGACUUCAUACGAAGAAAACAGUUUAUAAUGUACAAUAUACAGAUGCCCGUAUAAUCAAUUCACUUGUAAUAUAUAUAUAUACAAGAAAGGAACUAUUGGUGCCGGUAUCGAGUCAAUGUUAAUUUUAAACAUCGCAGGAGAUUACAAUAUCCUAUAUUUUCUAUGAAUACGCGUACAUGUACCAGAAAUAUUAUUAUUGUAUAAUAUAACGAAUUCUGUAAAUAAAAGUUCACUUUUAUAGAUAA